AAGAAGUUUGUUGGGUCGGUUGGAGACUCAGUGCAACACACAAGUUCAAGGUAUUCGGUUCAGCUUUCAGUGACGACCUAAAGUGAGUGAAUUCGAGUCUUUAAGUAUCUUUAAGUUUUUAACUUUGCACAAUGGCCAAGUUGUGGAUCUAUUUUGUGUCGUGCUUAGUUAUUGGUGUCUAUUCGGCUAGUAUUCUAGAUUUUAUUGCUGGCACGAAAGGUCGCGAAGAAAACGAAGGGUUGAGAAACUGCGUCUGCAAUGGUCCAUCCUGCAUAUGCUGUCUAGACUUCAACAUUUCGCUAGUGGAUCUUGGAGGCCCAGGAUGUGUUCGGAUGACAUACUUAUCUCCCGAGGAAGGAAUAGAUCUAAACGUUUCUUACGGAGAAGAUCUCAUUCAUAGUGAAAGAGUUAAAGGACCAGACCCCGAACCAACGUGCCUAAAUCUGCUUUCUAGCUUUGCUCAAAUUUGUGCAAGGUUCAAUGAAUUACUUCCUACCGACUCUGGAUUGCGGGGUUGCAUACAGUUCGAACCAACCAUUCUUGGAGAACCACAAAUCGAAUUUCCAAUGGGUUGCUUCCGGAUGGGACCAGAAGGAAUGAAAGUAGUUGAUCCACCUCCAGUUGAGCAGGAGAAGGAAAAACCGGUGGAAGCAGCACAAAGCGAAGCAAAACCAGAUAAAGCUCCAGGAACCCCCGAGGAAUCUGAGAAUGAAGAAAUCGUAGCAGGAUUAAAUGCGGACGACAUUCUGGCUGUUGUAAACGACACCGCGAAUAAAGGAAUAGCUCUUAUAACAGACUGGCUAGGAAUUGGACCAGAAAGUGCUAAGAACAGCACUGUCGAAGUUGAAACGACAACAGCCAAACAGGAAUAAGGGGAGCAUUAGGUUGCGGGUGAAUGAAACGUUAAAUUAUUUAACAUAUUUAUUAUUUAUUGAAUUAUUUAUAUUUACUCGUGUGUAAUGUUGUGAUAAUCAACUAUGUAUGUAAUCAAUUUGAUACAUUGUUUAGUGAAUCCGUUAAUAAUAAAUUAUGAGAAAUUAGUGCUAAUU